AUUGGGAAAAGGGGUUUUCCAACUUUUGUUGACAUCACCUUAGAUCUCCUGACUUUUACACAUUUUUAUUUACAUUCACGUCAUAUCACAAGACAGUAGUUAGAUAGUGAGACAUUCGUCAGUGUGUCAAGAACGUUGUUAUCUUUCUUGAUCAAAAAACCAUCAACAUGGCCACUUGUGCUGAUGCUCGACCUCGUGACAGAGUUCCACCACCUAGACCACCGUCCCUCCAUCAGGCAGAUCAAACCGACUUUAAAACAAUACAAUCUUACCAUGACAAUGCUUACAAACAUAUAGAGAAAGGUCUGUCGGCCGACGAGAGUGAAAACUUUGAUGAAGCAGUCAAUCAAUAUAGAGCUGGAUUACAGUUCUUAGACAAAGGUCUGGCUAUAGAUUGUGAGAAACUAAAAGCUAUAGAAGAGAAAAAAGACUCCGCUAAAUUAUUACAACAAAAAAUGACAAAAACCAAACUUCAGAUAGAAUAUAGGCUUCAGAGUAUAGAAGUCCAAAGGAACGUACAUUCUAGACAUCCGACUACACCGAUGGAUUUAAAUCAACCUCCGUCAUACGAGGACGUGAUGUCAGAAUCUGGGUCAUCAAUUAGUGACACAGCGUUUCAGUCCCUUGGAGAUUCUAUUAUGAGUGAUGAAUCGUCAGAAGUCUUUGAUGCUGACGCUACAGAGAUAUAUAAUAUUCCCGAUGGUGUCCAGAUUUUCUUUAUAACACCAGAAGGUUACGUUAGUGCUCCAUCAUAUCCAAGCUCACUGAAAAUAUUCAAAUUUAUAAGUGAACCAACUGUUAGAACUGGUCAGCGCCCUCCAGCCUUUUUACAAGUGAAUAGUUGGGUGUACCCCUUACAGCCAGGAGCCUCUCCAGCUUUAAAGGCUACCAAUGGGGCUUAUGUCUUCCCUGAUACAACAGACAGACCAGGAUCAGCUGUAGGUUUAAUGUUACCAGACACAAUGUCAUUAACAGACAAAGAUGUUUUUGAGUCAGUUUUAUCUUCUAUGACCAUGAUGCAAGACCAAGAGGUUGUAGCAGAAAUUAGAGAACCCACAGCACCCCCUGAAGAAAGGGAGGUAAUACCGUCAGAAGAAGAAACUAAAGAUGAUGAAUCUACCAGUGCUAAAAUAUCAAAAGGGAUCGCAGUGGCAUCAAGUUGGAUAACAUGGGGUAUUGAAAAAGGAGCAGAAAAAGCUGGUCAUUAUAUAAAAGUUGGAUCUGAAAAAAUUAAAGAGAAAUUAAAACCUGAGGAAAGAGCUAAAGAAAUUGAUCCCAGAGUUAUACAAGGAGUUCAGUAUGCUAGGAGAGGGACACACACGGCUGUCAAAGUCAGUUCUUAUGUGGUGAAGAUGCUUGGAGAAGCUACAAUGGCAGUAGGGAGGGAGUUAGCACCACACAUAAAGAAACAUGGUGAAAAACUACUUCCUGAUUCAGUCAAAGGAAAAUCUUCAGAUGGAAAAUCUAAAGUAGAUGGUGUUCUUGAUGUUGCUGGGGCAGGUCUCAUAGGUUUCAGUGCUGUGUACCUGACAUUAGAAGCGGCAGCCAAGGCCCUCGGUAGAAACCUCACCAAUGAAACAGUUACUCUGGUGGACUACAAGUAUGGUAGUCAGGCAGGAUUGUUAGCGGAGCACGGAAUGUAUGCUGUUGGUAACACGGUGUUGACUGUUAAUAAUGUGGACAAUUUAGGAAUCAAGGCUGUGGCAAAGAGGACAGCGAAAGAAACAGGCAAGGCCCUGAUAAUGGACUUAAACGAAGGAAGGAAAACUAAACCAACAGACUCUACAGUUGUUACACAAACUAAAAAGUCUUGAAUCGUAUGUCAGUGAAAAUGUAAAGACAAUCAAAUAUUUAUUGACAAAUGCAUAUUCAAACCAAGUUCCUCCAUUACAGCUAAAGGGGGAGGAUGAUGCAAUGAGAAAUAAACUUGUGUAGUCAAACUGUUCUGAACUGAAUCCCUCAUUUAUACACAGAAGAUUUUGAUAGGUUAACAAUUUAAUCAAAUGAAAUAAUUGAAGAAUAUUCAUUGUGUUCAUCAUAUUUCCGUGUCUCUGGGGUGCCACUUCAUAUUUUUUGGGGUAGGGGUGAGCAGCUGAGACAUCAAGUACCCCACCCUUUUCAUAUAUUUGGUUUAUCAAAAAUAUAUACCUUGUCAUAUAUUAAUGAAUAAAAAACAGACCUAUAGAUAUAUUUGGAUAUUUUUCAUCUUCUUGUACAUUAGAGUUUACAAAAAAUUUGAGGUCCCGCUCAUUUUACGUUUUUGUUUAGAUGCAACGCAGUCGCAAUAAUCACACCUUGCUUUUCCAAUAAAUUCUUCACUCCUCUAUUUGCCCCUUUUAUAACUUCAACGGCUUUAAUUAUGAAGAAAUUUCAAUUUGAAAAGACAAUAAAUAUUGUUUUAUCAGAUAAAUGUAGUAACACUUCAAAUAGUAUCACUUUUACUGAGUUUACAUUGAUUAAAAACUGAUUUGUCGUUGCCUCUUGAAGGACGCUAACACUAUGCUAUGGAAUUUCUUCAAAUGUUUCAUGUAUGCAAACCUUUCAAUGUUAAUUAGGUGGAAAUGUCAAAAUGAUUGGAUUUAUUGCAUAUAUAUCUAACCUCAGUGGAAAUACCACAUUGAAUAAAUAGAGUUUAAUUGGUUUGACAAAUAGCUGAUGCAUUUACGACUGAGGUUUAACCGCAUAAAAAAUAAAAUAAAAUUUGAUUUGUUUCAGAUACUUAUAAUACAUCCAGCAAGUGAUAACCUAUUGAUAUAUUUAAUCUGAAUUUCUCACCCUUUUCAUAUAUCAUGAAGCAUGAAAUAGUGACCUAUUCCAGCGGCUCAUC